UCAUCCGCCACUCUUUGAACGGUGGUGAUUUUCCAUCUGGUUUACUUCACACUGGAAAAUGCCAUCGACGGUGGGCCCCAUAAAACCAACGUUCCGGAUCGCCGAAGCCUGGGCCGCACUCGAAAGAAAAUAAAAAGCAGAAGGGGCUGUACAAAACUACAAGCUACAAACUUCCCUCCCUUCUCGAAUCCGAACGAUCACCUUCUUGCCUGCAGCUGUCUCUAUACACUUCUCCUUUUCGCUCCAAAACCCUCUCUCUCUAACCCUGCCCGAGAUCAGGAACAUAAAAUCAUCAGAUCAGAUCUCAGCAAAAUCGAAAAUCGAAAAUCGGAAAUCGAAAUCGAAAUCGAAAUUGAGAUCGGAAUCAGAAGAUAAUGUACAGCGGCUCUAGCGAUGGCGAAAGUCACGAAGCAUCAGCCGCGCAGAAGAAAAUCCCUCCUCCAUCUUCCAUGCCCUGGGUUCGGAACCUCCGUCGUUUCAUCGGAUCUGGCGCUGGUCUCGGUUCUGAGGCUAUCAUGGAGCUUGAAACAAAGAGAAUUUUGCUUGAGAUUUUUAAAGAGAAACAACAGAAGAAUGCUGAAGCUGGCACAAUCCCAAGCUUUUACAGGAAGAAACCAGAAGAAGGAUCGAUAAGCCAUAGAGUUCAAAGGUUGGCUAAGUUUCGCUUUUUGAAGAAGCAGUCAGAUCUUUUGUUAAAUGCUGAUGAUCUAGAUGCCAUGUGGGUUUGCCUAAGAGAAAAUUGUGUUAUUGAUGAUGCCACCGGUGCUGAAAAGAUGAAUUAUGAAGAUUUCUGCCACAUUGCAUCUGUUUGUACUGAGCAAAUUGGUCCGAAAUGUCGGCGAUUUUUCAGCCCUUCAAAUUUUAUGAAGUUCGAGAAAGAUGAAUCCGGACGAAUAGCUAUUCUGCCAUUUUACCUUUACGUGAUGCGCACAGUUUCACUUACCCAGGCAAGAAUUGACAUGAGUGAGCUUGAUGAGGAUUCUGAUGGUUUCCUUCAACCUCAUGAAAUGGAGGCCUAUAUAAGAGGUCUUAUUCCUAAUCUGGCGCAACUUAGGGAUAUGCCUGCAGCCUUCGUUCAAAUGUACUGCCGUAUAGCUGCUCACAAGUUCUUUUUCUUCUGUGAUCCUCAUAGGCGAGGGAAAGCUUGCAUAAAAAAGGUGCUGCUUAGCAACUGUCUUCAGGAACUUAUGGAACUGCAUCAGGAAAGUGAGGAAGAAGUCACUGAUACUGAACAAGCUGAGAACUGGUUUUCUUUGACCUCUGCACAACGAAUAUGUGAUAUGUUUCUUGCUCUGGAUAAAGAUAUGAAUGGGACAUUGAGCAAGCAGGAGCUUCGAGAAUAUGCAGAUGGAACACUAACAGAAAUUUUCAUUGAGAGGGCCUUUGAUGAGCAUGUUCGGCGUGGGAAAAUCGGAGGGGGUAAUGCCCGGGAGAUGGAUUUCGAGAGCUUUCUCGAUUUUGUUUUAGCAUUGGAAAACAAAGAUACGCCCGAAGGAUUGACAUACUUGUUCCGGUGUCUUGAUCUUCAUGGAAGGGGUAUGCUGACAACAGCAGAUAUACACACUCUUUUCAGAGAUGUACACCAAAAAUGGAUUGAGGGUGGGAACUACGAGCUAUGUAUUGAAGACGUGAGGGAUGAAAUCUGGGAUAUGGUGAAGCCAGUUGACCCUCUUAGGAUAACGCUUGCUGAUCUUCUGGCCUGCAAACAAGGCGGAACAGUGGCCAGUAUGCUUAUAGACGUUCGGGGCUUCUGGGCCCAUGACAAUAGAGAAAAUCUUCUACAGGAAGAGGAAGAGCCUGAAGAAGAGUGACCACCAGAAUCAGGUCUUUAUGCUCGUUAACAUACGUAUGAAUUCAGUAACUUGUAACUAUGGCUAAUAGAAUGUUUCUUUUUAGUGCAGUUGCUAAGAGGUAUACGGUUCCAUACAAGAUUUUAUAUGCUCAAGGCAAGCUGAAAAUCCUCGUAUUUUGAUGUUUGGAUGGUUCCCUGAACAUCAUUAGAUGGGCAUCUUCCAAAGUCUCCAACUCGAGGCCAUUUGUCAUGUACCGUAAACAAGAUUCAGGUGCCAGCGGCAGUGUUGAUUUGUAGAUUGCCCCAUUCUUACUCCA